UUAUUGCUUUAGGUAGCAAGUCAAGUUGCUGCUCUAGAUAUUGGAUAUAAGCCUGGAAUUCAAUAUAUACGUGACAAUCCUCCUAAAGUAUUAUAUUUGCUUGGAGCUGAUGAAGGCAUUAUUACAAAAACUGACAUUCCUGAGAAUUGUUUUAUCAUUUUUCAAGGUCAUCACGGUGACAGAGGAGCUGAAAUGGCUGAUGUCAUUCUUCCUGGUGCUGCUUAUACUGAGAAACAGGCAACAUAUGUCAAUACGGAAGGUCGGGCCCAACAGACAAUCACUGCAAAUAAUCCACCUGGAUUUGCAAGAGAAGAUUGGAAGAUUAUUCGAGCACUUUCUGAAAUUAUUGGUCAGGUUCUUCCAUAUGACACCUUAGACGAAAUAAGACGAAGAAUGGAAGAGGUGGCACCACAUCUGACUCGGUAUGGAAAGAUCGAAGAUGCAAAUUUUUCGUCGCAAGGAGGCGAACUCUGGAAGUCCACGGGAUUUCAGUUUGAAGCAGAUCCUCUACGACCCCAACUCCAAUUACUAACAGAUUUUUACAUGACAGAUUCAAUCAGUCGUGCCUCUCCGACAAUGGCCAAGUGUGUCCAGGCAGUCACCAAGCAGUUACAAAGUUCAUAUUAAAUGUAGACGACUAACUAUGAAAUACAUUUUCCUAACAACAGACAUUUAAAAUGAUAAUUAUCAUAAUGUAUAUAAUAACUUGUAUUUAUUAGGUUAGAAUAUAAGAUCCUCAAUUACGUUGCAAUGCUAAAUGGAAGUAGAUAAAAUCUAUGUAAUAAAAUUUUAUGUAUACCAAAUGUUUUCUUUAUUCAAAAUAGUUUUUUAAAACUAAUAAAUAAAGAGGUUUUACAACCAAUUUAGUUUUUACCGUUUGUCU